UGAAAAUCGUUACCUGCUAGAGGGAAGACUCACCCCUACGCAGAGACUCUCACCAGCUUCUUGAUACACGAAGGUUCAUUAGAAGUACCCCCUGAUAACUAUAUUGCUACCUUUGUAGGCCCCUUUCCGAGACCAUCGUUUGCAUCGUGACAUCGACAUUAGCCAACCUGGAGGUUUGCGAUGGCUGAUCCUCUUAGCGUCACAGCAAGGGUUGUUGGAAUUACCGCUGCUACUCUUCAUGCGAUACACAUCCUCAUCCAAGACAUUGACAACAUCAAGGACGCACCCGAAGCAAUUAGUAACAUUACAGGUGAUCCCAGCACCGUCAAAGGGAUAUUAGACUCGCUGCAUGACGCGCUCAACGACGCCGAAGGCCUUUCAGCUCCUCUCAAAGCGCAAAUCGGAGGCAUCAACAUCGAAAAUGCGGUCCGCAGCUGUCAAAGAGCUUGCACGGACUUCCAAGCAUCCCUCAAACACUGGAUGAGACAUUCUACUGACGACAAAACGGACUGGAGGGACCGAUUGACUGUUGGACAUAUCCGUUUGGGGAAGAUCAAGGCGCUCACCCAGCAACUCGCAACUUGCAAGGCUACUAUUAGUAUGGGACUAGACACCGCAAAUUUCCUAAAUACCUGCCGCCAAAGCCGCGAUACAGAAGCCAUCAUAAAACUACUUCAAGGCCACGAAACGGAAGUGAACAGCCAAGGUGCCCUGGUAGUGAGACAGGCCGACGAGGAUAUAAAUGCCCUAGAAAGGCUGUCCAUAUCCGGAGACAAUAGUAGCGAGGACGCACAAGAGCGAGCGGAGCUGUUGGAAGAAGUCAAACAAGGCAGAGAGCUUCUUGAAAUAUAUAAGAAGACGUGGGCCGAUGCCACGUUUGAUGUCCACUAUGAGCGAACCGGCGUGAGACUGAAGAACAUCAAGGUUGGCAACAACGGUCGGGCAAUGGUGGGAUUCAUCAAUUCGGAUGGCGUGGAGAAGCGGGUUGAUAUGGAUAUUCAGGACGUUGUUGCUGAUCAUGGGGGCAGACUGAUUGCAGGUGUCGCGAACAACAUCAGCACGGACAAAUUCUGGGACUAGUGGAGUACUGUAGUUACCCCUUAC